AUGUCAGCAUAUGAUUACAUGGCAGAGAUCCAAAAACACAAACAAUCAGAUGUAAUGAGAUAUCUAUUAAGAAUAAGAUGCUGGGAGUACAGACAAAGACAUUCCGUACACAAAACAGACAGAUCAACAAGACCAGACAAAGCAAGAAAGCUAGGAUACACCAAAAAACGAGGAAUUGUCAUCUACAGAGUAAGAAUCAGAAGAGGAGGUCGUAGAAGACAAGUUAAAAAGGGUAAUGUCUGUGGUAAACCAAUUAACCAAGGUAUUUAUCAACAGAAACAAAAGAAAUCCCUUCAGGCCUUAGCAGAGAUAAGGGUAGGACGUAGACUAAAGUCAUUACGUAUACUAAAUUCAUACUGGGUUGGUCAGGAUGCAACGUAUAAGCAUUAUGAAGUGAUUCUUGUUGAUCCUAUGGUUAAUAAUAUAAGGAAUGAUAGUAGGAUUAACUGGAUAUGCAGUAAUAAGCAUAGAAGGAGAGAAUGUAGGGGACUUACAACGGCAACUAAGAAGAGUAGAGGACUUGGUGGAAAUAAGACUAUUGGAGGAUCUAAGAGAGGAUGCUGGAGACGGAAUAAUACUGUUAGCUUGUUAAGGUAUAGAUAA